AUGUCGAUCGAAGGUGUUGUUUUUGAUCCAAAUGAUCCGGAAUUAAAAGAAACGUUAACAUAUUUAACGAUACCAACUGAAGAACGUAUCAAACUUCAAGCUCAACCAUUCGAUGGUAAAAAGCAAUGUUGGGUGCCAGAUCCAAAAGAAUCAUUCGUUGCUGGUGAAAUUACUGGCACAAAAGGUGAAGAAGUAACAGUCAAAACAGCUAAAGGAGAUAACCUUACAUUUAAAAAAGAUGAUAUUCAACAAAUGAAUCCACCUAAAUUUACUUGCUGCGAUGAUAUGGCCAAUUUAACUUAUUUAAAUGAUGCUUCUGUCUUACAUAAUUUACGUGAUCGUUAUGGACGAUGGCUCAUUUAUACCUAUUCAGGUUUAUUUUGUGUUGCCAUCAAUCCAUACAAACGUUUACCAAUUUAUACCAUAAAGGCAGUACUUAUGUAUCGUGGCAAAAAACGUACCGAAGUACCACCACAUUUAUUCGCUAUUUCUGAUAAUGCAUAUUCAAAUAUGCUUCGUGAUCGUGAAAAUCAAUCUAUGUUAAUCACAGGUGAAUCAGGUGCUGGAAAGACAGAAAACACCAAAAAAGUCAUUCAAUAUUUUGCUUUGGUUGCUGCUGCUAGUGCUAAGAAAGAAGAAGGAAAAAAAUCAAUGACUCUCGAAGAUCAAAUCGUUCAAUCGAAUCCUGUACUUGAAGCUUUCGGUAAUGCUAAAACAACUCGUAACAAUAACUCAUCUCGAUUCGGUAAAUUUAUUCGAAUUCACUUUGGUAGCUCAGGCAAAAUUGCUGGUGCUGAUAUUGAAGUAUAUUUACUUGAAAAAGCUCGUGUUAUCUUUCAACAACCAGCUGAACGUGACUAUCAUAUUUUCUAUCAAUUGUGUUCAAAUGCUUUUCCAGAUUAUCAUAAGGAAUGUCUUAUUGUUAAUGAUCCAGGAAAAUAUCAUUAUGUAUCUCAAGGUGUUUUGACUAUUGAUAAUGUUGAUGAUGCUGAAGAAAUGAGAAUUACUGAUGACGCUUUCGAUAUUCUUGGUUUUACUAAGGAAGAAAAACUUAAUAUGUACAAAUGUACAGCAGCUAUAAUGCAUUUUGGUAAUAGUCAAUGGAAACAACGACCUCGUGAAGAACAAGCCGAAGCUGAUACUACAGAAGAUUGUGAGAAGGUUGCACAUCUUCUCGGUGUGGAAGCAGCUGAACUUAUCAAAGGUUUACUCAAACCACGUAUAAAAGUCGGUAAUGAAUAUGUUAACAAAGGACAAAAUAAAGAUCAAGUUGUGAACUCAAUCGGUGCUCUUUCGAAAUCGAUUUAUUAUCGUAUGUUUUGUUGGUUGGUCGAGCGUGUCAAUUUAACACUCGAUGUUAAAGCUAAACGACAAUAUUUUAUUGGUGUACUUGAUAUUGCUGGUUUUGAAAUUUUUGAUUACAAUGGAUUCGAACAAUUGUGUAUUAAUUAUACCAAUGAACGUCUUCAACAAUUCUUCAAUCAUCAUAUGUUCGUUUUAGAACAAGAAGAAUAUAAGAAAGAAGGUAUUCAAUGGGAAUUUAUUGAUUUUGGUAUGGAUUUACAAGCUUGUAUUGAUCUCAUUGAGAAACCUAUGGGUAUUUUAUCAAUUCUUGAAGAAGAAUGUAUCGUACCAAAAGCAACAGACAAAACAUUUGUUGAAAAACUUUAUAAUAAUCAUUUGGGUAAACAUCCACAAUUCGGUAAACCAAAACCAGCUAAAGGCAAAGCAGAAGCAAAUUUUGAAAUUCAUCAUUACGCUGGUUCUGUUCCAUAUACAGCAACUGGUUGGCUUGAAAAGAAUAAGGAUCCUAUUAAUACUACUGUUGCUCUUCUCUUUGCUAAAUCGAAGAAUGCCAUGUUAAGUACUUUGUUUGCUGAUGUUGCCGAAGAAGAAGGAGGUGGUGGUGCUGCUGGUGGUAAAACUGGUUUCAAGAAGAAAGGUGGCAGUAUGCAAACUAUUUCAGCUACUCAUCGUGAACAAUUAAACAAAUUGAUGACCAACUUGAGACAAACUCAUCCACACUUCGUUCGUUGUAUUAUUCCGAAUGAAAUUAAAACUGGUGGCAUACUUGACUCACAUUUGGUUCUUCAUCAACUCCAUUGUAACGGUGUACUUGAAGGUAUUCGUAUUUGUCGUAAAGGCUUUCCAAAUCGUAUGAUUUAUUCUGAAUUUAAACAACGUUAUUCAAUAUUGGCUCCCAAUGCUAUACCAAAAGGAUUUGUUGAUGCUAAAAAAGCAACAGAAAAUAUUCUCAAAGAGAUUCAAUUAUCUGAUGAAUUAUAUCGAUUAGGUAUAACUAAAGUAUUCUUUAAAGCUGGUGUCUUAGGUCAACUUGAAGAUAUGCGUGAUGUUGCAUUAUCAAAAAUUAUUGCAACAUUACAAGCACAAAUUCGUGGUUAUGUUAUGCGUAAAGACUAUAGAAAAAUGUUAGAUCAACGUUUAGCAUUAGGAGUUUUACAACGUAAUCUUCGUAAAUAUUUAUCAUUACGUAAUUGGCCAUGGUGGAAAUUAUAUACAAAAGUUAAACCAUUAUUAUCUGUUGCAAGACAAGAAGAAGAAAUGAAAAAACUUGAAGAUGAAUAUAAAGCACUUAAAGAAGCUUUUGAAAAAGAAGAAAAAUUACGUAAAGAAUCUGAAGAAAAUAAUGCUAAAUUAAUUAAAGAAAAAAAUGAUAUGUAUGUACAAUUGGAGGCUGAACGUGCAAAUACAGCUGGUGCUGAAGAACGUCUUCAACGAAUAGUAACACAAAAGGCUGAUCUUGAACAACAAGUUAAAGAUAUGGAAGAUCGUAUUUCUGAAGAAGAAGAAGUUUCAGCUGAAUUAAAUAAUAAACGAAAAAAACUUGAACAUGAUAUUGAUGGUUUAAAGAAAGAUAUUGAUGAUAUGCGUUUGAAUUUACAAAAAUCAGAAAAUGAAUGUAAAACACGUGAUAAUCAAAUUCACACAUUACAAGAUGAGAUGGCACAACAAGAUGAAACAAUUGCUAAAUUAACACGUGAACGUAAACGACUUGAAGAACAAAAUGCUAAAACAAGUGAACAAUUACAAGCUGAAGAAGAUAAAGUUAAUCAUUUGAACAAACUUAAAUCAAAACUUGAACAAACAUUAGAUGAAUUAGAAGAUAGUUUAGAACGUGAAAAGAAAGCUCGUGCUGAUUUAGAUAAAUCAAAACGUAAAUUAGAAACAGAUCUUAAAUCAUUACAAGGUACACUUGAAGAUGUAGAAAAAUCCAAACGUGAAUUAGAAGAAGCUCUUAAACGUAAAGAACAAGAAAUUCAACAAAUGGGUAGCCGUCUUGAAGAUGAACAAGGACAAGCAUCAAGUCUUGGCAAGAAAAUUAAAGAAUUACAAGCACGUAUUGAAGAAUUAGAAGAAGAACUUGAAAAUGAACGACAAUCUAGAACGAAAACAGAAAAACAACGAGCUGAUAUAGCACGAGAACUUGAUGAAGUACACGAUCGAUUAGAAGAAGCUGGUGGUGCUACAACAGCACAAGUUGAAAUGAAUAAGAAACGUGAAAGUGAAUUAGCUAAACUUCGUCGUGAUUUAGAAGAAGCUAAUCUUCAACAUGAAGCAACAGCUGCACAAUUAAGAAAGAAACAUCAAGAUGCUGUUAAUGAAAUGGGUGAACAAAUUGAUCAAUUACAAAAAUUAAAAAAUAAAUUAGAAAAAGAAAAACAAAACAUUAAAUCUGAACUUGAUGAUUUACGUGCACAACUGGAUCAUGCACAAAAAGGUAAAGCAGCUGCUGAAAAACUUUCGAAACAACUUGAACAACAAUUAAGUGAAAUACAAAUUAAACUUGAUGAUAGCUUCAAACAAAUUAAUGAUUUAUCCGGUCAAAGAACAAAAUUAAUUUCAGAAAAUUCAGAUUUAGUUAAGCAAAUUGAAGAUCUUGAACAUCAAGUUAGUUCAUUACAAAAAGUGAAAAUUACAUUACAACAACAAGCUGAUGAAGCUAAACGUGCGUUAGAAGAAGAAUUACGUGGUAAAAGUGCAAUCACUGCUCAAUUACGUAAUUUAUCUGCUGAUCUUGAUCAAGCACGUGAACAACUUGAAGAAGAACAAGAAGGAAAAGCCGAUCUUCAACGACAAGUUGCUAAACUCGGUUCAGAAGUUCAACAAUGGAGAUCACGUUAUGAAUCUGAAGGCUUGGCUCGUGCUGAAGAACUUGAAGAAGCUAAACGUAAAUUAGCAGCCAAAUUAACAGAAGCUGAAGAACAAGUUGAAGCAGCAUUAUCCAAAUGCAAUGCUUUAGAAAAAGUUAAAGCUCGUUUACAAGGUGAAGUAGAAGAUCUUAUGGUUGAUGUUGAACGUGCUAAUGCUAAUGCUUCUGCCAUGGACAAGAAACAGAAACAAUUUGAUAAGUUAAUUAAUGAAUGGAAACAAAAAUGUGAAGAUAUAACAAUUGAACUUGAAGCAUCACAAAAAGAAGCACGUCAUUAUUCAACAGAAUUAUUUAAACUUAAAACACAAUAUGAAGAAUCACAUGAACAAAUUGAAGCACUUCGUAAAGAAAACAAAAAUUUGGCCGAAGAAAUUAAAGAUCUUAUGGAUCAAUUGGGUGAAGGUGGAAAGAGUCUUCAUGAAUUGGAUAAAGCUCGUAAACGUGCUGAAAUGGAAAAAGAAGAAUUACAAGGUGCAUUAGAAGAAGCUGAAGCUGCACUUGAACAAGAAGAAGCUAAAGUUCUUCGUGCUCAAAUGGAAUUAAGUACAGUACGUCAAGAAAUCGAUCGUCGUAUACAUGAAAAGGAAGAAGAAUUUGAAAAUACACGUCGUAAUCAUGCUCGUGCAAUGGAAUCAAUGCAAGCAAGUUUAGAAGCUGAAACAAGAGCUAAAGCUGAAGCACUUAAACAGAAAAAGAAACUUGAAUCGGAUAUCAAUGAACUUGAAAUUGCUCUUGAUCAUGCCAAUCGUAGCAAUGCAGAUUUACAAAAAGCACUUAAGAAAUUACAACAAACAGUCACCGAAUUACAACAACAAGUUGAAGAUGAACAACGACAACGUGAUGAAGCUCGUGAAGCUGCUGCCGCUGCUGAACGUCGUGUUAAUCUUAUACUAGGUGAACUCGAAGAAUUACGUACAGCAUUAGAACAAGCUGAACGUGCACGUCGUGCAGCUGAAAAUGAAUUGAAUGAUGCAGCUGAUCGUAUUAGUGAAUUAAGCACACUAAAUGCUAAUUUAUCAUCACAAAAACGACAAUUAGAAGCCAGCGUUGCUGCUAUGCAAGCUGAUUUAGAUGAAGCUGUUGCUGAACUUAAAAAUAGUGAAGAACGUGCCAAGAAAGCUGCUGCUGAUGCUGCUCGUCUUGCUGAAGAAUUACGACAAGAACAAGAACAUGCAAUACAAGUUGAAAGACUUCGUAAAGGUCUUGAACAACAAAUUAAAGAUCUUCAAGCACGUCUUGAUGAAGCUGAAGCUAAUGCACUUAAAGGUGGAAAACGUAUCAUCGCUAAACUUGAACAACGUAUUCAUGAAUUGGAAAGUGAAAUUGAAUUAGAACAACAUCGUCAUCAAGAAACAUUGAAAGAAUUACGUAAGAAUGAUCGACGAUUAAAAGAAUUAGCAUUUCAAGCUGAAGAAGAUCGUAAAAAUCAAUUACGUUUACAAGAUCUUACAGAAAAAUUACAAAGCAAAAUCAAAGUUUAUAAACGACAAGUCGAAGAAGCUGAGGAAAUUGCUGCACUCAAUUUGGCUAAAUUCCGUAAAGUUCAAACAGAACUUGAGGAUUCAGCUGAACGUGCCGAUAUUGCUGAAAAUCAAUUAGGCAAAUUACGUGCUAAAAGUCGUUCAUCUGUUAGUGUAAGCCGAGCUUCACCAGGCCGUGAAAUACGUGAAUCAACUGUUAUGCGAGCUUCAUCAAUUGUUCGUGGCGGUUCAGUUCGACCCCGUUAA